UCUCCUCCUCCUGCUGCUGCUGCUACUGCUGAUGCAAGAGCUGAGCGCGGCGGCGAGGCGAGCAAGACGGACUGAGCGAUUGACUUCCUGGACAGCGUUGUGCGGUUUUUUUUCUUUCUUCUCCCCCCACCCGAGACGGGCGCUUCUGAGUUUCUGCUUUGACGGUCAGGGAGAUCCGUCGCCAUGUCGGGAGACGAGAUGAUCUUCGACCCUACUAUGAGCAAGAAGAAGAAGAAGAAAAAGAAGCCGUUUAUGCUUGAUGAAGAAGGUGGUGAUGCACAAACAGAGGAGACACAGCUAUUAGAAACAAAAGAAGUAGAGCCAGAACCAGCAGAAGACAAAGAUAUAGAAGCUGACGAAGAGGACAGCAGAAAGAAAGAUGCAUCAAAUGAUUUAGAUGACUUAACCUUCUUUAAUCAGAAGAAAAAGAAGAAAAAAACAAAAAAGAUAUUUGAUAUUGAUGAAGCUGAAGAGGGACUGAAGGACCUAAAAAUUGAGGGUGAUGUGCAAGAAACAGUAGAACCAGAAGAUGACCUUGAUAUCAUGUUAGGAAAGAAGAAGAAAAGAAAGACGGCAAAGUUUACAGAUGAGGAUGAAGUAUUAGAUAAAGAAGAAGCAUUGGAAGAUGAUGACAGCAAAAAAGAUGAUGGAAUCUCUUUUAGCUCUCAGUUAGGACCUGCAUGGGCAGGCUCGGAAAGGGAUUACACAUAUGAUGAGUUGCUGAAUCGUGUAUUUAACAUCAUGAGGGAAAAAAAUCCUGAUAUGGUAGCUGGUGAAAAAAGAAAAUUUGUUAUGAAACCUCCCCAGGUUGUAAGAGUAGGAACAAAGAAAACAUCAUUUGUUAACUUCACAGAUAUCUGUAAACUAUUACAUCGUCAACCUAAACAUCUCCUGGCUUUUUUGCUGGCAGAAUUGGGUACAAGUGGUUCAAUAGAUGGCAACAACCAACUUGUAAUCAAAGGAAGAUUCCAACAAAAACAGAUAGAAAAUGUCUUGAGAAGAUAUAUUAAGGAAUAUGUCACCUGUCAUACGUGUCGGUCACCAGACACAAUCUUGCAGAAGGACACCAGAUUAUAUUUUUUGCAGUGUGAGACUUGCCAUUCGCGCUGCUCUGUUGCCAGCAUUAAAACUGGUUUCCAGGCUGUCACAGGCAAGAGAGCGCAGCUCCGUGCCAAAGCUAACUAGUUGGCUGGUUGACACUGAAUUUUUGCGAAAUGAUCUGGGUGCAAAUGGCUGGACAGGCUUACAACCUGAAUGGAUUUACGAUGUAUUAAAAACAAGAUAGUAAAAGCUGCUUUGCUUUGGGUUGGUCUGUGAAAUUCUUGCAAGAUCAGAUCCUCAAGCUGUUGGCAUUUGCUAACUGAAUAUUUUACCAACUGUCAAGUGAUGAGAAAGGAGGUGCUUUUUAAUCUGUUCAUAGAAUUCUGUAAAAUGCAAGAGAAAUUAAAGUUAUUAUAACAGUGA